AUGAGGAAUGUGUCUAUGUACCUCGGAAAGCUCGGGCCAAGAAGCAAAGAUUUUACCAGUAAUCCCUCUGAAAAGGAUCUUCUGCUGGACGUACUCAGACGUCUCGAGCGUCUAGAGGAACACUGUAAGAUUGAUCCAGAUAGUGCAGGUCAUGAUGGCGCAUCACGUUCAAUGUCCGUGUCAUCGGAUCUUUCUGGAACUAGACCGGCAAGCAUCGAUCUGCUCCACGGUAGCCAGCCUCGAACCCCAAACACGCAACCUGUGGUCAACAGCAUGUUGAAUGGAAUAAAAGAUGAUCAAGCCAGGUCACUGCUUUCCUCCAAUGUGUUCUGCCAUCUGCGAAACAUCGAGUCCCGCCUUUUUGCGAACGAAGCAUGUGUAAAAGCGAUGGAAGCUGCCAUGGCGGAAGUCGAACGCCUGGAAAGUACACGAAAAGUCGACGUUCUAAAUCCUCCUGUCAUCACUAAAGAGAUGGCAAAGAGGUGGGUAGAAUCUUAUUACGACAUCUACCAGUUCGAGGGAUUUCGAGUUCCCCUUAAGAAGAGCUUCGUCAUGUCGAUCCCUGACCUAUUGGAAAUACCCCACGUCCAGUUGGAUAGCACAUCGAGGAUUAUUUACUAUAAUAUCCUCCUUCAAGGCAUUCUCUUAGAUCCAGAAUACCUUCCUGGGAGAGGCAAAAUCAUACAAUAUCUUUACCAGAGUUGUAUGAUGUUGGUGGAUGACUGGCUAUGUCACAUCAGGAACACUCUCCCGGACAUGUUUGCAGCUUUUGUUAUGCUAUCGAUGACACUCGAGGGUUGUAAUAGCGAAAUGGCUUGGAAAAUAUUCGGCUAUGGCUGUGAUAUUGCUCGGGCUCUAGGAUUCUUUUCCGUCGAUGAACAAUCAGACGGACACGAUUCGCAGCCUGAGUUACAUAGUACUCGUGAAAUAAACUUCCCUGAUCCUACCAUUACCGGUAUUGAUGAUGCGUCUACUCGCUAUAUCCAGAUCCAUUUCCUAGCGUCGAUGCGUCUUACACUAACUCUAUUAAAAUACUUGGACUUGGUGGACGCUGAAAUGCCUCAGGAUACAGAUGUAUAUGAUCAGGUGCUCGAUGGCCUCAUUGCAGAAGUGCAAACCAUCAUGUCAGACUGGAACGCGGAGGAACUUGUCAGCACCGCCACUAAUCAUGUUGAUGCUUGGUUCAGUGUGGACAUCUUAUUCAGUAGCUACAAGAUGCUCAUUGUCUUCACGCAGUCCAAGAGAUGCAACCAGAACAGUCAGUCUCUGCCGAGGCACACGGUAGAUGUUGCAAGGAAGUCUUUGAGAAUAUUCCAAUCUUUGAUGAGUGCGGAACUGCACGCGUACUGGGGUAUUAGUCUCAUACUACUGCACCAAUUUAUUCCGUUCUUUAUCCUUUGCGCGGAUAUUAUUGGAUCCCACAGAUACGACGAGCUCGAGGACGAUUUCGUCCUGGUGUCCUGGCUUAACGACUUCGUGGACAAGGCCGCGGAGGAACGAUCCGAGCUACGGCCAAUUGCCGCUAUUGCCAAGGCGAUGACCAUAGCUUGCCAACAAGUAAAGUUCCCCGCUAGCUGA